UGAGAUAUAAAACAAGCUGUGAAGCAGAGCCCACAGCAUGCAGUUACCUGGCAUCAUGCUUGGAAUCCUCUUUGCUGUGCUGACUCUGGCAGCUGCAGCCCUUGGCUGCGGGGUUCCUGCCUACCCACCUGCUGUGUCUCGAGUUGUUGGAGGAGAAGAUGCAAGACCAUACAGCUGGCCCUGGCAGGCCUCUCUUCAAUACCAAUCAACUAGUGGUUGGCAUCACACCUGUGGAGGAAUCCUCAUUGCAACCAACUGGGUAUUGACAGCUGCACACUGCAUCAGUUCUAGCAGGAAUUAUCGAGUGCUUCUUGGAAAAUACAACCUAGCAGCUGAGGAGGAAGGAUCUGUCACAGCCUUCCCAGAAAAAAUUGUUGUCCAUGAGAAAUGGAAUUCAUACAGCGUUGCAAGUGGGAAUGACAUCGCUUUGAUCAAACUCACCGAACACGUUGAAUUGAGCGACAAAAUCCGGCUGGCCUGCCUCCCUCCUGCAGAAAGCAUCCUGUCAUCCAACACUGCCUGCUAUGUGACGGGAUGGGGAAGACUGCAGACAAAUGGAGCUCUCCCAGAUGACCUGCAGCAAGGGCUGUUGCUGGUGGUAGAUUAUGCAACUUGUUCCAAGUCUAGCUGGUGGGGAAGCUCAGUGAAAACCAACAUGGUGUGCGCUGGUGGAGAUGGAAUCACCUCCAGUUGUAACGGGGAUUCUGGUGGCCCACUGAAUUGCCAAAAUGCAGAUGGCGUGUGGGAAGUGCAUGGUAUUGUCAGCUUUGGCUCUUCUCUUGGCUGCAACUAUUAUCGGAAGCCUUCUGUCUUCACCCGGAUCUCUGCUUUCGACAGCUGGAUCAAUGAGGUUAUAGAAAACAACUAAGAGGAGACCUGCAUGGCAGAUGAGAGCAGUGCCAAGAACAACAGUUUGAAUAAAGUCAUAAUCAUGACACCUUUGAUCACAGAUAGCUGGGAAAUUACGCUUUUCACUGCAAUAAACACUGUUUUUUGCAACAUGAAAGAAAAA